AUAAUUAUCCUUGAGCCCAGCUUCAUAUCCAAGACAAACCAUCGACUAUGAUUCUCAUUCCUUCUGAAUACGGAUACGUCAUCCUCGUGGCGACCCUCUCCACGGUCGUCAACCUCUGGCACGGCAUCAACGUCGGCCAAACCCGCAAAGCCGCCGGCGUUCCCUACCCCAUCGCCUACGCCUCCGACCAGGAAGCCGCCUCCGACCCCAAGAAGAACAAGUUCAACUGCGCCGUCCGUGCGCACGCCAACUUCACCGAGAACUACUCCGCGUUCUUGGUUACCUUGAUUUUCGGUGGUUUGAACUACCCCGUCGCGAGUGCCGCUUGUGGUGCGGUGUAUCUCGCUGGAAGGGUUAUUUACACUUUGGGGUACACUACUGGUGACCCGGAUAAGAGGGCUAGGGGUUUCAUGUUCCACAUUGGUGAGCUUGGACUUUUGGUUUUGAGCGGAUUGACUGGAU